GCGGUCGCAUUGUAAAAGCUGUAAAACUUACAGUUACUUGUUCCUAGCAAUAAUUUUUGCACGUUUUUUUGUCGUCUUUGUGCUCGUAAAAUUUUAAAAUUUACAUAAUGGAACGCUAUAAUCGCGUCUAUAGAGAUCCCGGUUCGCCGCUGGCGCCAUUAACUCCGCUCAACGCCGAAGCUUUUUCAUUUGACGAUGUAAUGCCUGCCGGAGGAGCCUGUAAAAAGAAUUCCGGAAGAUCUGGACCUAGUGGAAACCCAAGGGCCUUUCUUUCGAUUCCAACACGUCGACCAACGCGUUUUUCAAAGGAAUUCAUGCGCACGAGAUCUGUGUUCUCGCCAAAUAGUCAGAGUACCCUCCAUGGAGAAUCCAGUCUCGAAAUAACUCCCAAAUUAAAGUCACAAUCCAGAUCAAGUUCGGAAAAUCGAAUGCAGCAGGAAACCCGGUUAAGACAGGAGGUAACCAGGUUGAGAAGUGCGACUUUAAAGAUGAAAAGUGAAAGAUCCAAGGCCAAAAGUGAAGCAUCGCGAAAAAGCGAAACCCCCAAAAGCCCCAUGCCCAGUAUUAUCCAUCCACGCUAUAAGGCCGUCUCCCCGGUGGAGCACCCAACAUUGAGUCCCCGAGUUAAGUCCCUGCUGAGUCGUACUGGAAACGAACACCUCACGGAGAUGUUCACCCGCGAGGAGAUCGACCUCGAGGUGCUCAUCCAAAUGACCCUGGAGGAUUUGGCGGCGCUGGGCGUUCGCGGCGCCCGAGAGAUUCGAUUGGCCAUGAAUAUCAUCCAACUGGCCAAGCAAAUCUUUUAAUUUAUAUAACAAGUCUCUUGAAAAUGUUUGCUAAUUUUUAUGUCAUGUGAAAUUGUAAUUUGUAUGUGAGGUUUUAAUAAAUGUUCGAUGUAAAAA